AUGUCUUCUACUCAAACAAAAGCUACUUUUUCUAUACAAAAUGGACCUUCUUUUCAAGGUAUCUCUUUUGGAGCAAACAAAUCUGUUGCUGGUGAAACGGUCUUCACAACCUCUCUAGUUGGUUACCCAGAGUCCAUGACUGAUCCUUCCUACCGUGGCCAGAUAUUAGUUUUCACUCAACCCCUGAUUGGUAACUACGGUGUUCCAUCCGGCGAUGCUCGUGACGAAUUCAAUCUAUUGAAGUAUUUUGAAUCUCCACACAUCCAUGUCGUCGGCAUCGUUGUGGCUGAAUAUGCUUACCAAUACUCUCAUUGGACUGCUGUUGAAUCCUUGGGCCAAUGGUGUGAAAGAGAAGGUGUUACUGCCAUCACUGGUGUUGACACUCGUGAGUUGGUACAAUACUUGAGAGAGCAGGGUUCUUCUUUGGGUCGUAUUACUUUGGCUGAUCAAGACCCAGUCCCAUACGUAAAUACCAUGAAAACCAACUUAGUUGCUCAGGUAACCACGAAAAAACCAUUUCACAUCUCCGCUUUACCUGGAAAAGCUAGGGCAAAUGUUGCAUUAAUCGAUUGCGGUGUCAAAGAAAAUAUCAUUAGAUGCUUGGUCAAGAGAGGCGCCAAUGUAACCGUUUUCCCUUAUGAUUACAGAAUUCAAGAUAUCGCUUCAGAAUUCGAUGGUAUUUUCUUAUCCAAUGGGCCAGGUAAUCCAGAACUAUGCCAGACCACAAUCACCAACGUCAGGGAAUUAUUGAACAACCCCAUUUAUGAUCGUAUUCCUAUCUUCGGUAUUUGUCUUGGCCACCAGCUUCUAGCUCUCGCCUCCGGUGCCUCUACUCACAAAUUGAAAUAUGGUAAUAGAGCUCACAAUAUCCCUGCCAUGGAUUUGACCACCGGCCAAUGCCAUAUUACAUCUCAAAACCACGGCUAUGCAGUGGAUGCUGAGACUUUAGCAAAGGAUCUAUGGAAACCUUACUUUGUCAAUUUAAAUGACAAAUCGAACGAAGGCAUGAUACAUCUUCAUAGACCUAUUUUCUCUACUCAAUUCCACCCAGAGGCUAAGGGCGGUCCCUUAGACACUGCCAUUCUUUUCGACAAAUUCUUCGGCAAUAUUGAAGCUUACCAAUUGGAUACUCAAAGAGAAAGUUCAAUCCCACUAAAAGUAAACCCUAGUACAGACAAAUCAAAACUACAAAGUUUAAAUGUUACCAAGUUAGCCAAGGAAAGAGUAUUGUUUUAG